AUGUCAACGAACCGUCCGUUGCAGGUAGUCAAUUCGAGUGACAGGAGCACAGAUUUAAAUGGAAUUUUUGGUGAAUACAUACUCGGAAGGCGUUUCUUCAGCUGGGAUGAAUUUGAGAAGACAUUAGCAGAAUUUCAAAAAUUAUCCUGCACUCACUAUCUUCAUAAUUGCAGCAAAACGAUACCGGAUGACAGGUUUAAGUACGCUUAUGUUGGUUUUAAAUGCACUUUCGGAGUGAAUCGUACAAGACCUGGAUUGAAAUUGAAAAAUAAGUCGUCUAAAUGUUGCAAUUGCUCGUCUUCGUUUCGCGUGGUUUUGCGUUAUAGUGAAUACAUAAUUGCUUCCCACAAUAUGGUGCAUAACCAUCCAUGCAGCAGGGUGUACAUGCAGAAUGACCCAUGGUAUAGACGACUAACAGUUGAAGAGAAAGAAAAUAUUGAACCACUUCUUCAGCAAUCCCACUCAUCCGACGAAAUAAUUAUGCAGGUUAAGGAGAAAUACUAGAAGGAUAUAACUCGCAUCGGCGUUAAAAAUAUGAAAGCCGCAGUUAAUAAAGGUAACGUUGACGUAAUUGUUAAAUACUUAAGGUAUUUCGAGUCGUCGUGACAUUUUUGAAUUCCUAAAAUCCCGUGGGAAG